ACCCCGGUUACAUAAGGGCGGCGGGUGGCUACGUUGUGGCGGCCCGGCCGCACCGCGGGCCUGGUAUGAGGGACCGCUGGUGGGGCGGUGCCGUGGGCGCUAUGGCCGACGGCAACGCUGACUGGAUGGGCUCGCUACCGACCGCACUACGCUCCCUGCCGCUCUCCAACCUCGCCAUCCCGGGAUCACAUGAUUCUUUCAGCUACUGGGUCGAUGAGAAAUCUCCAGUGGGACCAGACCAAGCAACAGCCAUCAAACGUUUGGCCAGAAUUUCCUUGGUUAGAAAGAUCAUGAAGAAAUGGUCAGUGACUCAAAAUUUGACCUUCAAAGAGCAGUUGGAAGGCGGGAUCCGCUACUUUGAUCUUCGUGUAUCUUCCAAACCUGGGGAAAUAGGACAAGAGAUAUACUUCAUACAUGGCUUGUUUGGCAUCAAAGUAUGGGAUGGGCUGAAGGAAAUUAAUAGUUUUCUUGAGCAGCACCCCAAGGAAGUAAUCUUCUUGGAUUUCAAUCAUUUCUAUGCCAUGGAUGACAGCCAUCACCACUUCUUGAUCAACAGGAUCUGCUCAGCAUUUGAAUCCAAACUUUGUUGUGUUGAAUGUGUAGAAUAUGUGACGUUACUGUACAUGUGGGAAAAGAAACACCAGGUUCUCAUAUUUUACCACCACCCUUUGUAUCAAGAAUAUCCCUUCCUGUGGCCAGGUAAUAAAAUGCCAGCACCAUGGGCUAAUACAACUAAUGUGCACAAACUCCUGCAGUUCCUGGAGACCACACUUGGGGAACGAAGUCGUUAUGGGACUUUCCACGUAUCUCAAGCAAUUCUCACACCUAGAGUGAAAACGAUUGCACGGCAUCUGAUUCGUGGUCUGAAGAACACACUUGUUCAUAGGAACCUGCCCAUGAUUUUGAAUUGGGUGAAAGCACAGAAGCCUGGUGUUAUGGGUGUUAACAUAAUUACAUCAGACUUUGUGGAGCUGGUUGAUUUUGCUGCUACAGUUAUUGCAUUGAACGACCUCCUUUUGGAAGAGGAUGAAUCUGCAACUUAAAUCCUGAUUGCUGUGUUCCACAUGUGCUCCUUAGUGGACAUCUUUGAACUAUUGCUUAAUGUUUUACUUGUCUAGUGAAACCUAUUGUAAUCUCUUUAUGAAAAAGUUUCCUAGAGGAAACGUGGUUAAACAUCACAUACAACCAUGUCCCUUCUCCUGGAGCCGUGUGGACCUGUGUUAGCCGAGUGCUGUGUGUGUGCUGCUGUGUCUGUGUAUGUGUGCUCUGUUUGGCUGAGCUGUGCACACAUCUGCUGCUGACAGGGGCUGCUGGCCUCUGAAGCAGAUGUACCCUAUUGUGACACGCAUCUCCUUGGUGACCAUACUCCCAGCGCCUGUGUGCGUGCAUCCUGCGUGCUUCCCAUGGCCAGGGCUUACUCCAGGGAUCACUGCUGAUCCCAUGGCAUUGUGACCAGGUUGGCCGGGAAACAUUGUUCUUGGGCCACCUCUGGCAUAGCUGGGCUCAGCUGGAGGCUGCUGCUCUGUUCAUUAUGCUGUUUUAGACACUACCUCUGACUUACUUGAAGAGACAACACUGCUGUUGUUCAGGAGGAAGCUGUUAACACCGUUAAAUAUCCAAACUGUCCUUUGGACCUGAGAGGUGAAGGCUUGGCACAAUCUUUCUUCUUGACCUCUUUAUUUUACUUUAUUACUUCAAUAAAUUAGUUGCAACUAUGCUUAAGUAUAUUUUUUUUGGCAUUAAUUUGGAGAAUAUUUCAGUCUCCAGAUUUUGAGGAUUAUGAGUCAAGUCUGAAUUCCUGUUUCCUGUGACAUAGGAAACAUUCAUUUUCUUGAAUUACUGGGACGUUUAGAAAAUACAGCAUAAUCUUUCUCUUUUACCUCUUGGUCACUUCAGGUUUUUUAAUUCAUCAAAUUUUCUUUUGGGGAAAGUCUAUCACUCAGGCAGCCCUUGUCUGGAAGGAGGUGGGCCAAGUGGGGGCUUGUUCGAUAUUCAGAGAGCUGGAGCUGACAUGGACUGUUCAAAGCCCAAAUAUUGGAUCACUCUGAUUUGUGAUGGGACAGUGAAUUCUGCAGUCAGACCUGAAAACUGUGCUUUUCGAUAGAGAGCCACACCUAUUAAGGGAGAAAUUUUUCCAGCCUUCACCUGCUUGUGACAGAGUAAGCAAUAAUCACACAAGCACAGGUGGGUGUUAGUACUGCUUCUUUCUUUAGUCAUGCUUAUUUUUGUGCUGGUUCACAAUGAAGUGUGACCAUGUAUGUUUGGGCCAAUGCAAUCAUAUAUUGGUUCCUAUCAGCACUUUAAUUUACUAGCUGGUAGUAUCCUAUGGUCUGAUUUAUUGUUGUUAUUUUUUUUAAAAGCACAAAAGGGACUGAUUAGCAGAUACUUCUCUGCUCAAUCAUCUUCCUGAAGAAACUGUUGGUGCACUAAUUAUUCACUGAUUAUGAAUUUCUAUUUAUCUCUAAGCUUAUUAUAGAAUGGAUUGUCUAUAUACAUAUUUAAUUCAAAGGAAAAAUUCAUCUCCCGAUUUAUUAUUACUUUCGUUGUUUGUCUGCCGUCAUGGUCUGACAGCUGUGAAAAAUCCCAGCCUUCUUUGUUUGCUUGUCACAACUCAGGAGAAAUGUAAAGGUUUGCAAACCUUCCAUGUGAACCUUGGCCGAGUUCAGAGCAGACUGUAAUCUGAUUUAUCUGUUAUUUGCAUGGCUUUCAUUAGAGUUCCUUGAAUUUUUUAACUGAAUCGUUUCUCAGAGGGAGUUGGGGGUAGGGGAAGUGCUUGUCACUCAGUCUCCUUUCCACUUGUGUCUCAGUGAUGGGGGACAAGUCAUGAAAAUCAGGGUUUGGGAACUAUAUUAAAAUUUCUAGUUUAAUACUUCCUUUUAAAACCACAGCAGAAAGUUUUUUAUUAGGUUUGGUAAUUUUUUUUUCUUGUUGAUGAAACCAUCAGAACCUGUUUUGAACAGUUCUGUUCAGUCUGCAAGUUUAUUUAAAAUACCUGGAUUUUCCUUAGCUGAAUUUUAUGUUUACUUUACUAUUCCUUUACCCAUGGCCCCAACUGAAACUCCAUGUGGAUUUGGUUUUGUUGGUUUUCUUGUGCAAAUUGUCUUGGUGCUCAGAGCUCAGUUGGGUGUUAGCACCAAGGCUGUGGGUUUGCUCCCUGUACGGGCCAUUCGUUUAAGAGCUAGAUUCAUGACCCUUAUGGGUUGCUUCCAACCCAGAAUAUUCUGUGAUUCUUUAAUUUGGCUUAAAUGCCAGUGAGGCAGAAAUAAUACCUUUGCAAGGUUCCCCUGCAGAACCAGAAGACAAAGCAAGGUGAAGUGAGUAUGAUGUUUGUAUUUGACUCGUAAGAUAUUUUGUACUCUGUGUGUGUGUGUAUGUGUAUAUAUAUAUGUAUGUAUGUAUAUAUAUAUAUAUAUGUAUGUAUAUAUAUAUAUAUACACAUCUGCCUCAAGAGAGAUUUAUUUGGCUUAACUGAUAUUUGUAUUGUGUGUGCACAGUAAUGACUGGUAUUAGUCCUUCUGCUGUAUUUAUUUGAAUAGAGAUGGGAUGGGCUCAGGACUUUGGUUAGACAUUUUUAAGUGCAAACUCAGAAGUUUCUCUUAACGUAUUGGCUGUUAGUUCUUGCCUCUUGAAACAUGCUGGGUAUUAAGAGUGCUAGCAGAGGGAAAAGAAUUGGAAAAUAGUUUUAGUAUUAAUGGUUUAAGUAUGUGGGGGGAAAACAUUUCCUUAAGUUUGGCCUGUCAGAAGAGACUUGUGUGUCAUUUCAGAGCUUGGUGGUGUGCAUCCAGUGUAAGGAACCUGACAGUCUUAAAUGGUGAGUUGGGCAAUUGGCAGGUAACAUUUUUCUAUAACAUGACAUCUCCCUUGGCUACUGUGGGCAGCAUUCAUGCUGGUGUUUAGAAUUGGUCCUUGGGUUGUCCGGAACCCUCCCAAGCAAUAUGAACUACCUUUCAUGUAUUAUGUUACACAGAGAAAAGCUAUCCAUAUAAUGGGCUUAUCUUGCUUACUCAACACCAAAACAUAUCCAGACUUCCUCAUGCUUUGCAAAAAUUGAGCUCAUCUAGGCUUGGACUUUGGACUGUGGACUCUAUUUUCCAGCAUUACAAAAUUAAAAGGUGAGCUGGGCAGGAAGGGAGGAUCAAGGAAGUAGGGCAGUAGUUUGCAUCCAGUGCCCGCACAGUAGGUGUGGCAGUGCUUAGCCCAGAUCUGGGCAGCAGAGUGGAGCAGGUCUGGCAGGUGAGCGACAGCACUGCAGCUCACACUGAGGCAUUUAGCCAAGUCUGGCUCCCGAGGUCAGCAAAUAACAGCCUGUAAGGUCAGGAUGUGUGAGCUUGAGGAGAAUAAAGAUGGGUAUGAGCACAGGAGAAGGCGGGAGGUUCUUACUGUUGGUGUAGAUGUACAUCUGGUGAAUACAGUGGUUUUAGUCUUGCUUGUAUAUCCCUAAAGCAGUAGAGUUCACUUUUAAACAGGCUGGGAAGAAAACCUCCCCAGAAGAAUUGUUCUGACCCCUUGACCAUUUGGUAGGUGCUGGAAGAGGAGAAACCAGAAAACAAGCAGCUGCUUGAUGCAAAGCACCUAAACUGUGUAUUUUUGAAUAAUUAUAUAUAUGGUUUGUUAUUAAAGAUUCAGGUUAGCUAUAUACUGUUUUAUGACUAUUGUUUCUCUUCCUGGUGUGCAGUCUUUGAAUGCCAAGCACACUGGUAGCAUUUCUCUUCUCACAUUGAUUGCUGCCAUGUGCAAUUUAAGGGUAUCUUUGACAUACAGUAGACCUCUGUGUGUAUCCCUGAUGGGAAGUAGUCGAUGCCUGUUAUGGAGCAUCUAUGAGUUUUUAGCCUCUUUCUGUGUCCCAUAGGUGACAACAAAAAGGAGUUAGUACUAGAUUUUACAGACUGACAAUUUGUUGGCUUUUACUUGGGGACAACUGUCAUAAUGUAUUGAACUGCAUAGGGAAAGUCACAGUCUCUGGAAGUGUUCAAAAUGUGUGGAUAUGGCACUUGAGGAUAUACUGUAGUAAUGAAGACAGCAGUGAUGGACUUGAUGGUCUUGGAGGUCUUGUCCAACCUUAACAAUUCUGUGAUUCAGAGUAGAAAUGCUGACUGCUAAAAUGCUUGUAGUCUGUUAACAGCCUCUUUGGAGGAAAGAAUAAUAGGGAAAUGGUGUCUUAGCUCCUAAUACAAGCUGGGCUUUGCUGCUGUUGGUACUGACUUUAACUGAAUGUUGGAGUUGAAAAGCACCUUAACUGUAAGGUUGAAAAACACUUUUGAGCAGGGAUUUGGCACAAACAGGAGUAGAGCUUCUGCCAACAUGCUCAUCUAUUCUCCUCUGGCUAAGCCUUUGGAAGUAAUUUCUUUGUGUACCUCUCUCAGGUGUCAGAGUUCAUUGAUGCAUCAUUUAGCAGACCAAGAUAAUUUGAUUUGGGAUUGGGUUGCCUAUGGAAGUCUUACUGAGCAUGUGUGACUUGAGGUUUACUUAAAUAUGCAGUAUUUAAUAUGACAUCCAUAUGCUGUUUUUGUAAGACUUUCAUCUUGACUUGAACACAAAAUUACCAAACCCUAAUAAGCAAAUUUUUUGGUCAGAGGACCACUGUUUGGGACAAAACUUCAGGCAGCUUUUCAAUGCUUGUUGAAGCACAGAGAAGUUGUCUAAUGUGGGGAACAGAACUGACUCAAAAAAAAUAUUCGAAGUAUAGAUUAGGUCCAAAUGAAGUUCUUUUGGCAGUGAAAAAUAAGUUGCUGUUUUUUUUCUACUACUUUGACAAAUUCUUAUUCCAGCUUUGGUUUUUAGCUCAACAGAUGGGCAGAAGAGCCAGAGCAUAUGCUGAGAAGCAAAUAAAUUUUAUGCUAAGGACAUGUAUGUAGGACUAACAGUGGUAAGAGUAUGAUGAUUUACUUAAUGACACCUUUAAUGGUAGUCCUAUCAGCUCUUUGGUUUAGGUUGUUAAAUCAGUCUCUUUUGCAUUAAAAAUAAUCAGUCCCACUAAUUCAAUUCAUCUGUUCUAUUGAAGUGUUUACUUCUAUAUGCAUAUUUAUUUUUCUAAAAAUCUUCCAAGUAAACUGUUAAUUGUAGGGACUAUAAUAGGAAUGUCAACUUUAGAACUGUGUGCUGAAUCUGCUUAUAUUUUAUUCCAAGAAUAUUUAUGCCUUGUGUGUUGUCCGUUUAAAUAGUACGUCUCUUACUCUUUGUUGGACCUGUCAUACCAUCUACAUUGAACUGCAGUGUAUUCUUAAUUUUGAAAGAAAUGUUGAUCAGCACAUCCUAUAUAAAAAUAAUUUAGAUUACUUUUUGAUUUUUCUCAGUGUCAAAUAUAUUUUCCAGAUGGAUUAUUUUUUAAUUUAUACUGUGGAAGGGUGCAGAAGAGACCAGGUGAAGAGGAGUUGCCAAUUCUCAGUAUUUCGUGUAGUUUGUCUUCUUAUGGCAGUUUGUGCUUUACCCACUUGUCUGAUUCAGUUUUGUGAAACCAGCAUGCCUCAUCUGAACUGCAGAUAAAUUGGGGGUUUACAUCUGUCUCUUUAUCUUUAUGUCAUUGGGAGUUUUAAUCCUGAAAAUAAAAAGUACAACUUGAGCUAA